AUGUCUGCAGAAUCCAUUCCCAUCACUCCCGCCAUGUUCGCUGAGGCGAUUCAGGAGCUGUCCCUCUCCAUCCUGUACGCCAAAGCUUCGGAACUUCGGAACUCCAUCGCGCAUCUGCAGCGCUCAAACGCGGAGUUGGAAACGUUUGUGCAGGAGUCAUGCGAUUCGGCAGAAGAUAAGCGAGAACUGGAAAGCUACAUCACUGAGAACAAGGGUGUGAUGACGUCUAUGACGGAAAGAAUUGCCCUGUUGAAGGCGGAAGUGGAACGCCGGGGCCAGCAGUGGAUCGAAACGGAGGAAAAGCGAACAGAGGCGGCGCUGGUGAAUGGAACAAAUGGAGCCAGCGCGAGUACGGCGCAGCCGGAUGCUUCUAUAGCGGGUGAAGGACAAAACGAGGCACAGCCUGAUCAGGAUCAAGAAGGCGUUUACCUUUAA